AUGUCUAUUAACCCUGUGGUAGUGGCUGCCAAUUGUGAAUGUGGCUAUUCUGUCAAUACCACCUCCUCACAACACGAAGUGUUUACCGACCUGAUUGAAUCGGACUUCCUUACUAUCCAAGAUAUUUCAGCCGACACGGAUUGGGAAAUUCAACGAUAUUGGACACCCUAUGAUCCCUCUUCUGGGUAUUACGGAGAGAACUUCACCGCGGCCAACGUGGUGUCCAACCCCCUCAAGUACAACUAUACUCUUGAGAAUCCGACCACGAGUCAACUUGGCGGCGAUGCCGGCCUGCAACUCUGGGUUCGCAGCGACAUUCAAUCCAACGGUCUUGUUCCUUGCGGACAGGUCAAGACGGUUCGCGAUGAUAUCCAAUACGGCUCAUUUCGCACCUCAAUGAAAUUGACUUCGGUCAAUGGAACCUGCAGUGCUUUUUUCUCCUAUUAUAAUGAUACCCAAGAGAUUGACAUGGAGCUCCUUUCUCGCCAAUACGCCAACUAUACCCUCUCCGACUCAGACCCCUCGUCCCCCGUCAACUUAGUCUUUCACUCCGUCCAGUCCAUCAUCGAUGGUUAUCAACUCCCCAACACCUCCACAUACGGCCGUCCGGUCCUCCCAGUCGCCCUCACGGACGAGUACCACGAAUACCGCUUUGAUUGGAUGCCGAAUCGAGUUUCAUUCUACUUCGAUGGCAAAUGGCUCUGGGAUCUUGUAACCGAUGUGCCAUCUUGGCGCACUGCCAUCCUCCUCAGCCACUGGAGUAACGGUGCUUCCGGGUGGACCCAGGGUCCCCCGGCAGAGGACGCCGUCAUGACAGUCAGCUACUUCAAGGCCUAUUUCAACAGCAGCGACUCGCAGCGCACUUCUGACUAUCAGAAUCGUUGUAAAGAUCCUUCCGCUGCGAACGCCAUAUGCGUUAUUCCCAACCAGACGGUCGCACCGGGUGAGGCGGCGGCGCAGAAUGGGUCGGCCUCGACGUUUUUCUUUUCGCAGCAUGCGAAUAUGACUUCGAAUCAGACUAUUUACACUGGGGAGAAUAAGGCUAUGGGUCUCGCGCCCGAAAUGGUGGCGGGCAUGCCGUUGUGGUGUGUGGGAGUUGGAAUCAUUGUGUUGAGAAACUGGUUCAGUCUAUGA